UGGUGAGCUGCUCCCUGCCGUGCUGCUCGUGCUUAGGCUCUGAGGGACUCUGUGCAGCCCCGGGACAAAGGAUAGUCCUUGGGCAGAGGGGCGAGGAGGAGGAGGAGGCGGCGGCUUAGGCCGCAGGACGCUUACCUUUUGCCCGCCACGGGUGUUAGCGUGUGUGUCGUCAUCGUGACCUCCAGCCACAGCCAUGGUGAAGCUGGCCAACCCGAUGUACACCACCUGGAUCCUGGAGGCCAUCAAGAAGGUGAAGAAGCAGAAGCAGCGGCCGUCGGAGGAAAGGAUAUGCAACGCUGUGUCCAUGUCCCACGGGCUGGACCGCAAGACUGUACUGGAACAGCUGGAGCUCAGCGUCAAGGAUGGAACUAUUCUCAAAGUGUCUAACAAGGGGCUCAACUCCUACAAGGACCCAGAGAAUCCUGGCCGCUUGGCCUUUCCCAAGCCCUGCCUGGGCAGCGGUGAAGGGGAAGGAGACGGAGAGGAUGGUCAUCAUGAGGAUGGGGGUCAUGGGGGAAGCCACCAUCACUCUGGGAAGAAACCAGGACUGGACUGGAACAAGCUGAUCAAGCGUUCCCUGGAGGGGCUUCAUGAGCCAGGGGGCUCCACCCUAAAGAGUGUUGAGCGCUUCCUCAAGUGCCAGGGUGAUGUGGCGGCCUACCUGUCCGGCAGUGGCUCCAUGGGGCCCGGCCUGUUCCACCAGCAGCUGAGGGUUGCGCUGAAGCGGGCGUGUGCCCACGGUAGAGUGGCCAAGAAUGGGCUGCUGUUCCGUCUCAUCAGCCGCAGCUCCCAGUCAGAUGGGACGGGUACUGUGGUGUUGGACUCCCUGCCACCCGUCCGCCUCCUGCCACACGAGAAGGACAAGCCUGUGGCAGAGCCCAUCCCUAUCUGCAGCUUCUGCCUGGGGACCAAGGAGUCGAACCGCGACAAGAAGCCAGAGGAGCUCAUCUCCUGUGCAGACUGUGGCAACAGCGGCCACCCGUCCUGUCUGAAGUUCUCACCGGAGCUCACGGUGCGAGUCAAAGCUCUGUGGUGGCAGUGCAUCGAAUGCAAGACCUGCAGCAACUGUCAGGAUCAAGGCAAAAACGCGGAGAACAUGUUGUUCUGUGACUCCUGUGACCGGGGCUUCCACAUGGAGUGCUGUGACCCCCCACUGAUGCGGAUGCCAAAAGGCAUGUGGAUCUGUCAGAUGUGUCAGCCCAGGAAAAAGGGCAGAAAGCUCUUACAUGAAAAGGCGGCACAAAUCAAACGGCGCUACAACGCACCACUGGGACGACCCAAGAACAGACCAGGCCGGCCCUUCAAGAAGCUGAGUGGGCCAGGUGGGCGUGGCCGGCGGAAGGCGGACCGUCGCUCGCAGUGCUCCUCCCCACGCUCGUCGUCCAGCUCGUCCUGCGAGGGUUACCCUGGCGACGAUCGGCUGCUGUUCUCCCUGCGGGAGGACUCGUCGGAGCAAGGCGGCCUGCGCUUCAACAGGAAGACCAAGGGCCUGAUUGAUGCCCUCACCAAGUUCUUCACGCCCUCGCCAGACGGACGCAAGGCCCGGCACGAGGUGGACUACUCCCAGCAGUACCGCAUCCGUAAGAAGGCCAUACGUAAGGGAGAGGGCGACGACAGGACAGACAAUCAGGACAGUAGUGACUGGCGUGAGGAUGAGGACAAGCUGCCAGGACAUGAGAACCUGACCGAGAAAGACGUGGAACUCUUCAGACGCAUCCAGGAGCUGGCACUACAGAAAGUCGGGGUGACCGGCCCUCCAGAUCCCCAAAUGCGUUGCCCGUCUGUCAUCGAGUUCGGCAAGUUUGAGAUCCAGACUUGGUACUCUUCUCCGUACCCACAAGAGUACAGCAGGUUGCCUAAGCUCUACCUGUGUGAGUUCUGCCUGCGUUACGUCAAGAGUCGCAGCAUCCUCUUCCAGCACAUGAGGAAGUGCGCCUGGUUCCACCCUCCAGCCGACGAGAUCUACAGGAAGGACGACGUCUCCGUGUUCGAGGUGGAUGGGAACAUGAGCACAAUCUACUGUCAGAACCUGUGUUUGUUGGCGAAGCUGUUCCUGGACCACAAGACGCUGUACUACGACGUGGAGCCCUUCCUCUUCUACGUUCUCACACAGAACGACAGCAAGGGCUGCCACCUGGUGGGCUAUUUCUCCAAGGAGAAACACUGUCAACAGAAGUACAACGUGUCCUGCAUCAUGAUUCUUCCCCAGUACCAGCGCAAAGGCUACGGCCGCUUCCUCAUCGACUUCAGCUACCUGCUGUCCAAGCGGGAGGGCCAGCCAGGCUCCCCAGAGAAGCCCCUGUCAGACCUGGGACGGCUGUCCUACACGGCCUAUUGGCGCAGCGUGGUGCUGGAGUGUCUCCAUGAGGUCCGCGACCGCCAGCUCACCAUCCGACGCCUCAGCAAGAUCACGGGCAUCUGCCCCCAGGACAUCACCGCCACGCUGCACCACCUCAACAUGCUGGAGCAGAGAGGGGAGCGGCUAGUCCUGGUGCGCAAGGAGAAGCUGGUGUCCACCCACAUGGUUCGUCUCACCGCCAGGCCCCGGCUGCUAGAGGUGGACCCUGACUCUCUCCGCUGGACCCCCGUCAUCAUCACCAACACUGUGGAGGGAGAGGGCGAGGAGGAGGAGGAAGAGGGAGAGGAGGACACCUGCAAGGAGAUCAAGCCUAGCCACAAGGUGUCUCCGUUCUCCUGGCUCAUCCGAGGAGGCGAGGAAGAAGAGAGAAAGUGCUUCCCGGGGUUCCCCGCUAGCCAAAGCUCUCCGGCCUCCUCCCCAGUCCGCUGCCCUUUGCCCAUCCCCGACCACCGCCCCCCUCCCCCCGCCAACGGAGAGCGCCGGGGCAGGGGCCGCCCGCCCAAGAACUGGCCCUGGGGCAAGGUGAAGGAUGGGCCGCGGGCCGAGAGGCGGCCGGGCCCAGGACGACCCCCAAAGAGCCGGGUGGAAGUGCAGGAUGAUGAUGAUGAUGAGGAGGAGGACAGAACUGAGGGCACUAAUGCCAGCCCCACAUUCGGAAGCAGCCCACCCUCCCUCUUCUCCUCAGACAGGCAGCAGGCAGAUUCUACAGGCACCAUCAGGCCCCUAGAGAUGCUUGGCAGGCAAUCUGUUGUCCCACCCCCACGCAGCAGAGGGAGACCUCCCAGGAAGAAGACGGGCCCCGAGCGCAGGCUGAGUGAGGGGCCCGGGGAGGCCUUGCCCCAGUUGCCCCUGUCACCCAGGCUCAGCGACCUGUCGCCGGUCAGACGGAGCUGCUUCAGUGAAAGCAGCGAGGAAGAGGAUGGUGACGAUGACGUGGAGACUGGGGAUCACUCCCCACCUAUCCUCACAAAACCCACCCUGGGGCUCAAAUGCAAGAAACCGCUGAGGAAGAGGCGCAUGCGUCAGCGCAGCCACAGCCACGCCCACAGCAGCGUGGUGACCGAGACCAUCUCCGAGACCACCGAGGUGCUAGAUGAGCCCUUCGUGGACUCUGACUCUGAGAGGCCAAUGCCCCGGCUGGAGGAGGAGACCCCCCUGAGGCGCUACCCCCCGGGCCGCUCCGCCCUCCGACACACGGACCCUACGGCCAAGCGGGGCCGACGAGCCAGCCUCACAGAAUCUGAGGAGGACGAACCCACUCCUGUUCUGAAGUCAGUUGCCUCCCUACGGAACCCAGAGCCCACGGCCUCCGCAGACACCCCAGAGUCCCCCGUCAAGAAGAAGAAAGGCUGGCCCAAGGGCAAGCCCCGCAAGCCCCUGCACUUGAGGAAAUGGCCGGGCAGACCACCUGGCAGCGGGGCCAACCAGAACGCGGGGGACACCAGUCUGACCACCUCGGGCGACCCUAUGCCCCCCAAGAUCAAGAUGAAGCCGGGCCGCAAGCCCCGGAGCUGGGACCUACAGCGGGCCCAGGAGGAGGCCAAGAGGCAGGAGGCAGAGAGACCGAGGCUGGGUCUGGGAGGGGGGCAGCAGCUAGACAAGCGUCCCCAGCAGCUAGAGGACCGAGCCUGCAAGAGGCCUUCCAAAGCUGCAGCUACCGACAUCGACAAACGCAAAGACUCUGAUGAAGAGGACGACUACCGCCCCAAGCCCGUGGAGCAGAAGAUCCCCAAGAGGCGGGGGCGACCGCCCAAAAACCCAUCCCUGCUACAACAACCCGUCCCUAAGCCGCUCCCUGUCUCGGAGGAGGAGGAGACGGAGAGGGGCUGGGUAGAGGACAAACCGAGCCAUCCACCGACCCGCUCCCUGCUCUCCCCGUCUUCUACCGGAGGCCCCAGUGCCCCUCAGCCCAGCAGGCCAGACAAGAACAGAGACAUGGCUGACAGGGAGGAUGAGGAAGACGAGGAGAGGGAGGACGAGGAGUGUGCGAGCCUGGGCAGCAGCAGCAGGAGGACCGUGGCAAUGCCAGGCUCGGGGAGCAGACGCAGCGAAGACCAUGAUGCAGACGACGAAGGAGACGGACACCUGGAGGACAAGAGCAACAGCAAGAAGAGGAAGAGCCAGGACUCUGAGGAGGAGGAAGAGCCUGCCUCCCCCGCCUGCUCUCCGCCCGUCAAAGAGGAACCCCAGGGUGGUGAAGGUUUUUUAGACAUGCAGGGAAGCGUGCAGGCCAGAGACGCCUAUGUCAGCAAGCAAGAGGAGGAGGACGAAGAGGAGGACGACGAAGAGGCGGAGGAGGAGCUGCAGGAGGUGAAGUGCCGGCCGCUGGACGCAGCACAGGACGAGAGGAGGCGGCGGCGAGAGGCGGAGGAGUCAGCAGCGGCAGCUGCGGCGGUGGAGACUGUGACAGCCAUCUCAGUCCCCUCCGAGCCCCUAGAGCAGCAGCCGCUGCACCCCGAGGACAAGGCUGUCACGGUGCUGAUGGAGCCCCAGCACCCCCACCAGCACCCACACCCCCACCAGCACCCCGACUCCUUCAAGGAGGAGCUGACCCACCACCACGGGUCCCACCACAGCCAGCACCACCACAACAACGAGCUGGACCUGGAGACGGUGCAGGCGGUCCAGUCUCUGACCCAGGGAGAGGCCCAGGACGAGGAGCCAGAAAGCCACGGGGUCUCCCACGGAGCCUACCAGGACUGUGAAGAGACGCUGGCCGCCUGCCGCACCCUGCAGAGCUACAGCCACGCCGGGGAGGCCGAGGAGGAGGCUACCCACCUGGCUUUGGUGGAGGAGUGUGGAGCCUCCCAACACAGCAGCCCCCUACCCCAUACCAACCCCCCCAUGACCCCCUUACCUAGCCAAUCAGUCCGCUCCGUCAACAGCCCAGCAGGCGUGACCCCAGGAGGGGUGAUGGAGUCUGGGCUGGGGCAGCAGAGAGAGGGCACGCCAGGCCCUACUGGGGGAACAGGGGGAGGGGUGUACACCCAGAUCACCCCUGAGCACCCCAGCUCUCUGUCAGCCCCGUCCCUGCAGAACAUGGAGACCAGUCCCAUGAUGGACGUGCCGUCGGUGUCGGACCACUCCCAGCAGGUGGUGGACAGUGGAUUCAGUGACCUGGGUAGCAUCGAGAGCACCACAGAGAACUAUGACAAUCCCAGCAGCUACGAUUCCACCAUGGGCAGCGGGGGAGGGAACAACAGUGGUAACCAUGCGGUCGCCUCGACCUCCUCGGCGGCGGGCUCUUCCUCUAACUCGGCCACGCCCUCCUCACAGGGCAACAGCUACUCCUUUGUCCCGGCGCCCGGCCUCACGUCUCCCAGCGGCGCCGUGACAUCACAGCUCGCCAUGGGCAGCUGCAGCCUCAUCCAACAGACCGGGCCAGGGCCCAAUAAUGGUCCGGGAGCCAACAUGGGUGGCAACAACAGUGUGUCUCAGCCUCCGCUGCCACCCCGUCCGCCGUCUGCUAACACCCACCAAGGCAUCAAGUCCCCUCAGAGCUUUGUGAACGAGAGGCCGCCCAGCGCCAGCCAGCAGUCCCAGAAAAAAGUGCAGCAGCCCCCUCAGCAGCAGCAGGCUCCCAACCCCCAGCCCUCGGCCCCUCCAAACCCCCACACGCCCCAGCAGCAGCAGCCCCUAUCCCAGUGCAGUAUGGGGAACGGCUUUGGCUCCACGCCAAUGAUCAUGGAGAUCCCUGAGAGUGCCUCCCAGGGUGGGGGCCGCAGCCUGUACGAGCGGAUGGGCCAGGACUUUGGUGCAGGGGGUUACCCCCAGCCCUCGGCCACGUUCAGCCUGGCUAAGCUGCAGCAGCUCACCAACACCAUCAUGGACCCCCACGCCAUGCCCUACUCGCACUCUGCCUCUGUCACGUCAUACGCCACCAGUGUUUCUCUGUCUAACCCCGGUCUGGCCCAGCUCUCCCCCUCCCCACACCCUCCCUUAACCCAGGGCCAGGCCACCAUGAGCCCCCCUCCACAAAUGAGCUCUGGCUCCAUGAACCUGGGCUCCCUGCAGCUGCAGUGCAACAUGCCCACAGGCAACAUCGGCCUGCCUCCCCCGCCCCACACCCAGAGGCUACAGGGCCAGAUGGCCACAGUGAAGGGCCACAUCGCCAUCCGCUCCAAGGCCCAGCUGGCCCCCGCUCCCUCCCCGCACCAGCAGCAGCUGUACGGCCGCAGCUCUGGGUCCGUGGCCAUGCAGGGCUCGCCCCGUACCCUGGCCGUGCAGCGCAGUAUGAUGCCCAACCUGAUGCCCACGCCGGCCGGUUACAACACCAUGAACAUGAACCAGCUGAACGCCAUGUCGGCCGGCUACCGCAUGCCACAGCCUAUGAUGAACAGUGGUUACCAUGGGAACCCCCCUUACAUGAACCAGCCCGCCCAGUACCCCAUGCAAAUGCAGAUGGGCAUGAUGGGGGGGCAGGGGUACCCGCAGCAGCCUAUGCAGCCCAAUCACCACGGCAACAUGAUGUACACGGGCCCCACCCACCACAGUUACGCCGGCGUCCCCAAACAGUCGCCUUACAUGAGCAGAUGAGUAGGGAGUGACUCUGCUGUCGCCUCUCUUUACUGUAUUACUUGGUGUUGAAUCCACCCUCUCCAAAGCCAGAGCGAGCAUAAGGGGAGAGCAAGGGGAGACUAUUUUCAAUGUUUUGUAUGUGUAAUUUUGUUCUAUUCAGUUGGAUUCAUCCCCCACCCCCAAGCUGGCUGUGUAGGGAGUAUGCUGGCACGAUACAUAACGUGUAACUGGACCUCUGGUACUGUCUGGCAGACUGAACUAGUCUAGUCAGACCUACACGACACGCUCCUCUCUGGCACAGUUUCUACGCUAACGGAAGGCUCCCCUCCACUGUUUACUGGGAGGAGGAGGAGGAGGAAGAAGAUGGGCUGAAACAUGGACUUUGGAGGACCUUACAUUGUCAAAACUGAGAGGUUAACUAAAUAUAUUAAACCAUGCACACAAUAUUGUAAUUGACAUAGGAAGCCUUAACUUGGAAAAAAAGAGACUGAUUAUAAUUGUAGAUGGACUUUUCUUUCAUUAUAUUUGAAUACUUUCAUUGUUUUUAUUUUGACAACCGUUGAAAACAACUUGCGUGCAGUCCAACCUCUAUGCUUUGGUCUUGAAGUAUGGCAUACUGAAAUGGUGGUACACCCUCUAGCGCCGACACACACACUCUCUCUCUCUCACUCUCUUUCUCUCUCUCUCUCACACACACACACACACACACACACCCCUCUCCAUUGCCACUUGGUGAGCCGGGGCACUUCAGUCUCAGAGUUGAGAUUCAUGGGUCCUAAGUGUCACAACAGUGUCAGGAGUCUGUCUUCCUGGUAGGAGGGUGUGUAUCUGGGGGGGCACCACUCCACCCAGGAUGCUGUAGCUGUUCGUUCUGGAAUGUUUAGAUGUAAAUAUUCUGCUACUUCCUGUCGAUUCACAGUCCAGCAUUGUCAGUCAGCGAGCCAGCUAGUCUCCCCUCAGUGGCAGGCAGAAGACAUUGCAGCACUUACAUUUUAUUUAAAAUAAUAAUAAUGUUGGUCACACUCUACAGAAGGCUAUUAUUAGGCUUUUUUACCCAGUUGAUGGUGUAUGUCUGUCAUCCCCAUGCAGUUUACCUUCCAGGGAAAGAGAUGCGGUCUGCCAGGUGGAGUAACUCACUGCUUUAAGGAAAACCAGCUGUUGGAAAUUAGCUGAGCCACUUCAUUCAAGUGUUAGUAACCCACAAACCGAGGUCAAGGCAUCCUCUCUGAACACUGUUUUCUGUUAAAAUGAGUCAAUCUGUGCAAGUCUGCAGUGCACUUCCAUUAAUUAGUAGAGAUGUCUGCGCUCUAUGGACCAUCGACAUACGGAGAGGUGGCCAAUGCCAAAUACUGUGCAUUGUGUACGCCUUGCCCCCCCCCACACACAGACAUCUGGAUGGUCACUGUGUUAGGAUGGGACGGGUGGUGGAGGAAUUGACCCAAUGUUCCAGUAUUCAAAGUCAAAAUGAGGAUACUUUUCUUACAGACCUGAUGUUUUCAUAUAUUAUUUGUUUUUUUAAUUUCUCUGAACUUUAUCAGACUGGGCAGCUUUCUUUUAUGACACAAGCUGACUCUUUUUGACUUUAGAAAACCUAUUGUAGAGAAUGUUUUUUCUAUAAUAUAAAAAAGAAAUAUUCUGACAUUGGUACUGUCAUUUUUUUCACUUCUGUUUCAGGAAAAAAACUACAUUUUUUAGCUCGACUCGAGGUAAUAUUAUUAAGAAAUUCAAAACAAAAAAAUUUCUCACUUUUAGUGAAUUUAAGAUGCCUUUUAACCUCUCCAUUCCAUCUCAUCUCUAGAGUUUUCUAUCUUUGUGUAGUAUAUUAAUGCUAUUUUAAAACAAAAGGAAAAAACAUAUCUGAAGGCCACUUAGCCGUUCUUUUGUUUUGAUUUUUUGUGUGUGUGUGUGCAUAGGACAACUUCCUUGCGUUUUAAGAGGCAUGUAAAAAUGAGCUCAGUAUAUUUGUCUGUUUAUAUCGCUUCCCUUUUUGUAUCCUUUGUAAUUGUACAUGGUGCAUUGUGAGCUAAGAGAGUACAAUAUAGAGGUGAGGCUUGCUGGGUGCAUAGCGAUGGUUGAUAGUGCCCUGCUGCCUCGGUCUCUCUACUUUGUCCCUGUAUGUAUUUCCAUUUAUUUGUUUUUCUUUCUUAGCAAGUACUUUCAAAGAACUCUGUACAUUUUAACAUAAAACAAAAAUAAAUUAUGUUGAGCCAUG